GGAAAAUGCUUAUAAUACAAUGAAGGAACAAUAAAAAGCAGAGGAAAGCCCGAAAAAUAAUGCAGAGCAUGUAGUGGCAGCAAGGGAGCAGCUUUUUUCCUUAACCCAUUUUGAUUUUCAUGUGGUUAUGAUUUGUCUCUCUAAUGUGCGUGUAUAUACCAACGUGUAUCCUUUGCAUAUGAAUUAUCAAACAGUGAAUCUUAACAGUUUUGAAGUUGGAGAAGAUUUUACUUUCCAAGAUCCAGCAUCGAAAGUCCUCAAAAUUUUCCCGGAAAAUCGUGGUGGGAUUUCUUGAUUCUUGAGAAAAAAGGAGAAAAAAGAAAAAAUUCUCUUGUCGGAUUUCUUUUCAAGACGGUUCUUCCUUUUCGAUUCUGUUUUUCCAAUCUUGCCUCAUCAGUCAGUCAUCGCCUCUCUUUCUUCCCUUCUCUUCCUUUGAAGCUCCAAAAAUGGCGUCCAAACUCUGUAAUAUUUGAUUUUGUUUUGGUGGGUUUAUUUUGUUCUUUUUUGUUUUCAAUUUUCACUUCUCUCUAACUUGCAUUUCGACUUUCCAUUUAAGCAAAUCAUUUUGAAAAUUUUGUUUAAAGAGAAGAAAGCUGGUUUUUCAAAAAUUUGAGAAAACCCCUUAAAAAGCUUUUAGGAAUUCAAAACGGUUAUGGAACUUUUGAGGAAGUGUAAUCUGAAGUCCAAAAUUUUUCAAAAUCCAGCUUAACUUUUAGUCAUGAUUACUUCAUUAAAUGUACAAGAGAAGAAAACGCUUAUAAUUUCUGGGUUCUGCAUGCCUUGAAAACUUAAAUCCCUUGUAUAAAUCGUACAAUCCAUUUGGCGUUUUGGCACUUCCUUAUUUUUGAUUUCAUUUCAAUCUCCUUCUUUUGCUAUAAAUUCUCCCUUUUCCCUUCAUUAUUUCUCAUUCACAUCGGUUCCUUCUUCUUCUUUGCUCUGUUUCUUCUUUUUCAAUACUCUGUUUUUUUUAAGAAAAACAAUGGGUUUGGUUUCAUUGAGGAAUUUCUUCGUCCUGUCUUUAGCUUUGAAUGUGAGUUUGAUUUUAAGAGCUAUAAAUCAGAAUGAGAAGCUCCAUAGUGGAGCUUUAAUGGCGGUCGAGAAAGGGGCUAAAGUAGCUCAAAUGACAUUUUUGUCCUUCCCAUCUCUGUCAUCUCCAUCAGCAGCUGCUCCUGAAACCCAAACUCCUCUUGGUAGAGAAAGAGUCGUUAAUCUUGACCAUGGUGAUCCGACAAUGUAUGAGCAAUAUUGGAAGCCAAUGGGGGACAAGACUACAAUAGUUAUCCCUGGAUGGCAAUCAAUGAGCUAUUUUUCUGAUGUUACGAACCUUUGUUGGUUCAUGGAGCCUGAAUUUGCCAAGCAAAUUGUCAGGAUACAUAAGGUGGUCGGUAACGCCGUGACUGAGGGGAGGCACAUUGUUGUUGGGACGGGAUCAUCUCAACUUCUCUUAGCUGCCCUCUAUGCGUUGUCCCCACAAGAUUCUUCGAACCCAAUCAGCGUGGUCUCUGCAGCCCCGUACUACUCGUCUUACCCUUUAAUGACCGAUUGUGUUAAGUCGGGGAUCCACAAAUGGGCCGGUGAUGCGAAGAUAUUUGACAAGGAUGAGCCUUACAUUGAAUUGGUCACCUCCCCCAACAAUCCUGAUGGCUUUGUUCGACAUCCCAUGGUGAACCGAACUGGUGGUAUAUUGGUCCACGACCUUGCUUAUUAUUGGCCACAAUAUACGCCAAUAUCCACCCCGGCUGACAACGACUUGUCACUUUUCACCGUGUCAAAAAGUACUGGUCAUGCUGGGUUGCGUAUUGGGUGGGCUCUUGUGAAGGAUGUUGAAGUUGCAAAGAGAAUGAUCAAAUUCAUAGAGCUGAAUACGAUUGGUGUGUCUAAAGACUCGCAGCUUCGAGCUGCCAAAGUUCUCGAAGUAGUAUCUGACAGUUGUGAACAAGCCGGUGGUUCGGAGUAUACGGAAUCCUUCUUCCAUUUCAGCCACACCGUCAUGACCGAGCGAUGGAGGCUGCUAAGGGAGGCAGUGAAGCGCAGCGGCCUAUUUAGUUUGCCUAAUUUUUCUCCUGCACAUUGCAACUUCUUUGACAACAACUUGGGAACUCAACCUGCAUUCGCGUGGUUAAAAUGUGAUAAAGACAACGUUGAAGAUUGCGAGAGCUUUCUCCGAGGCCACAAGAUUCUCACACGUGGCGGAAAGCAUUUCGGCGUUGGCUCAAAAUAUGUUCGAAUUAGCAUGUUGGAUCGUGAACAAACCUACAAUUUAUUUAUAGAAAGACUGUCUCAGAUCAGGUCAUGACAUCUGAUAUUGGUAAAGGGGCUGUGAUGGCAUUAGAGGUUGAAAGAAGCAGAGGGGGUUUUUGGGCUUGCAAAUGUAAAUUUCAAUAUGAAAAUGAGAAAAAGGGAAGUAUUUGUUAUUGAUUAUGGAUGCAAGAUCUCAAUUUAUUAUAAUAAUAAUAAUAUUAUUUUUUAGAAAAA